UUAAACAGCUGGCCACUUUCCUUUACUAAGUUAUUAGGCUACAGUUUAUUAAUUUAAGUCAUUUUCAAUUCUAGGUUUCUGUCAUUUCCCAGAUGUACCACCCUCGUCUCGCAGACAGGUUCACCAUGGGAGCUGUGGAACUGUGCGUGCUCUUCAUAUUAAUCUCAUCGAGUGUGGCGGAGGAUAUUCAACUGAAGUACAAGAAAGACUCCAAACCAGUGCGAUUGUUCACCGACGAAGAUCUAAGAAGACACGAUGGGAGUGAGGAUGGGCGACCUAUUUACAUGGCAAUCAAGGGAGCGGUGUUUGAUGUUACCAAGGGAAAAGAGUUCUACGGCAAAGGCGCGCCAUAUAACACUUUGGUUGGAAAAGACUCUACUAGAGCAGUGGCAAAAAUGUCGCUGCAACCCGCCGACCUGACCUCUGACACCACGGGCCUCACCGCUGACGAGUUAAAGGGACUGGACAGUAUAUUUGAGGGCACAUACAAGACCAAGUAUCCCAUUGUAGGCUACACUGCCUCGCGCAUUCUUAAUGAGGACGGAAGUCCAAAGGAGGACUUCAAACCCGAGGACCAGCCACAUUUUAAAAUUAAAGAUGAGUUUUAAUCCAAUGUUUUUUUUCCAUGUUAAAGUAGCCUAGGGAAGGUUUUAAAAACUGGUGAUAGUAAAUGAAAACGGCAGUGGUGUUUGAAUGUAGAAAAAUGUAUUGCACUCCAGUAGGCCUACGACUUUUUCUUUUCCAUUGUAUCAUCACUUAGAGCCAGAGCGGUACAGGCAGUGGCACCUCACAGACCUGUUUGUGGGUACUGUAUUACAUUAAAAUAAUACAAUGAAACAUUAAAUGCAAUAUUCUCACAUCA